UACUACACUACACACUGCUAUACACUACACACUACUAUACACUACACUAUACACUACACUAUACACUACACUAUACACUACACUACACACUGCUAUACGCUACACUAUACAUACACACCGAAGACUCCGGGCUGACUGAGCAAGGGAUCUGCAGGAGGACAUCCUCUCUGUGGUGAGAUGUCGCGUAGAGGGGAUGAUGGACCACGGGGACAGGCUCCUGCUGCUGCUGCUGCUGGUGGAGACGUGGAAGAGGAGGUGGAAGAGGAGGUGGAGGAGGAGGUAGAGGUGGUCCCUUCUCUACCCGUGGAGCCGCUCGUGAAGCAAGAGGAGGAGGAGGAGGAGCCGGGCGGUGAGACGUGGCCGCCCGUGAAGGUGGAGAGAGACGACGCUGACGACGGUCAAGACCCUGACAUUCACUUGAAAGAAGAAGAAGAAGAAGGAGAAGAAGACUCUCAGUCUGAAGGAGAGGACCCAAGCAGCGAAGUUGAAGAAGAAGAUCUUCAAUCUGAUGAAGACGAUGGUCACGUUGAACAGACCGGUGGCUCCAGAGGGAGGCUUCGGCGAGAGUCACGGAUAUCGCGAAGAGACGGGGCGACUUCGUCGGACGUGGCCGAGAUUGAGGUGGUCCUGGAGGACGACAGGAGUCGGAAGUGUUCGACGAUCGACCAGAAGGCCCGCGACGAGAAGAAGUCCCACCGGUGCUCCCUGUGCGGCAAGGGAUUCUCCUGCCCGUCGCGCCUCAAGAGCCACGCGAUGACGCACACCGGGGAGCGGCCCCUGGAGUGCUCCGUGUGCGGGAAGGGUUUCCGAAAGUCGUCGGCCCUCAAGAGCCACGCGAUGAUCCACACGGGGGAGAAGCCGCACAAGUGUCCGUUGUGCGAGCACAGCUUCAUCCAGUCGUCCGCCCUCAAGAGGCACGUGAUGAAGCACACGGACGAGAGGCCGCACUGGUGCCCCACGUGCGGCAAGGCCUUCACCGACUCGUCGACGCUCAAGGGCCACCUCCUGAUCCACACGGGCGAGAGGCCGCACGAGUGCCCGACGUGCGGCAAGACCUUCGCGCACCUCUCCAACCUCAGGAGCCACGUCAAGAUCCACGCGGACGAGAAGCCGCACCGCUGCCCCGUGUGCGGCAAGGGCUUCGCGGAGGCGAAGUCUCUCAAGAACCACGCGAUGAGCCACACGGGAGAGAAGCCGUACAGGUGUCUGUUGUGCCAGAUGGGCUUCGUGCAGCCGUCCGCCCUCAAGAGGCACAUGAUGAAGCACACGGACGAGAGGCCGCACAGGUGCUCGGCGUGCGGCAAGGCCUUCGCCGAUUCGUCGACGCUCAAGGGCCACCUCCUGAUCCACACGGGCGAGAGGCCGCACGGGUGCCCAACGUGCGGCAAGACCUUCGCGCACCUCUCCAACCUCAGGAGCCACGCCAAGAUCCACACGGGCGAGAAGCCGCACCGCUGCCCCGUGUGCGACAAGCGUUUCAUCGAGGCGAAGUCGCUUAAGAAUCACGCGAAGACCCACACGGGGGAGAAGCACAAGUGCGAUUCGUGCGAGAAGACCUUCACGCAUUUGUCCACGCUGAAGAGUCACAAGAUGUCCCACUCGGAUGAGAAGCCGCACAAGUGCGCCCUGUGCGAGAAGGAGUUCGUACACCUGUCAGCCCUGAGGAACCACACGAUGACCCACACGGGCGAGAAGCCGCACCAGUGCCCAAUAUGCGAGAAGUUCUUUGUGACCACCUCGGCUCGCGAUCGCCACAUGAAGACCCACGACGUGCAGAAGCCGUACAAGUGCUUCGUGUGCGGGAGAAACUUUGUAGAUCCGGCGAACCUGAACUUUCACAUCAAGUGUCUUAAUCACUACGAGUCUUGAAUCCAAGUACGUUCAAUAGCUCCGCUUUAAAUCCUUGACUUCUUGAGGUGUGACAUGUAGAGAAAGGUAACGGACAUGGGGGGGGGGGAUGUAAAACUACUGGAGGCAAUAGAGGCCUGGAUAGUCUUCUUCUUUCUCAUAGCAUUUUUGGGGAAUUGCAACAGAUUACAAAUUGAUGUCGAGAUUUGAUAUCCCAUCGACCCCGCGGAUUUGUUUCGGAUCGCCGUCGAAUGAUCCGAUUGGGCGGUCGUUCACGAUACGUUGGCACGGUCUGAGAUGUCGCACCACCACCAUCACCUCAGUCACAAAUUGAACUCGUUAAUUUUCCGUUCAUGGAGAUAGGUGCCCCGAACAUCUUCCAUGGAGCGUCCGGAUGCGGUUCAAGGAGGACCCAGGAUCUCCCUCGGCAGGUCAGAUCCCUGGUUGGAGGAUUGCGAGGAUCGCUGACGAUGGAUUUCUGCAGCAGGGUUGGUUGUUUUGCCCCAAGGCUUCCCUCCACCGUGCUUCGGUGGACUUCUUGUCGUCAAGGAUGGUUCUUCGCAUUCCUGCCAGGAAGGUUUUUCUGUAUUGGAGCUGCCUGUGCCGGUGAUGGUUGGCGGCAUGGAGAUGUCCUUGUCUACAGGAGGGCUUGGAUUUCUGAUGGCCUUGCGGGGUACUCCCUCACAUGCACACGGCGGAGCUGCGGAGGAGCGACGUUCGCGAGGAGGCCGGGGCAGCGGCGGACGUUGCCCUUUAGCGACCCCCCCGAGAUGAUCCUCGUGGCCACAUUUAGCUGUUUCGUAUCCACGCACGCUUCGUGUGCACGCUUUUGGUUCUGGGCCAGGGCGCUGCGGUGGCCCGUUCGGAGCGUCGUUGCGUUUGCUCCCCACAAUGUUCCGGCCAGCUUAUGCACGCGAGAUAUUGCUGGUUUAGGUUUUUUUUUUUUUACGGCAGCAUCCUGCAGGUGUUUUUCGCGAGACGGUGAGGCUCCUGUCGAGAGUUACACCACCCGAGGUAUUCCGUGGUGCUUCUCGCGCUGGGCCUCCUCGCCACAGAAAGCGACGGUCGGUUUCUGGUCGGUGUUUGCGCUGUUCCGGCGGAAUUAAGUUCCAGGCAGUUUUCCUGGGGUUUGAACGGAGCCUCCGGAACUUUAAGUACAUUACGAGUAUCUUGAAGUCUUCGAACACACACACACACGUGUGGGUCGUUUUGGACCAAAGUUUGGGUCCUUCUUUGGUCGGGAAGUGGCCAGGUCAUCGGCGUAGCCAAAUUUCCGGCCAAUGGUGACAGGGAUGUCACGUGUAUAUAUAUAUGUUAUAAAGUGCCGGAACAAGUAUUGAUCCCUUUGGGAGCCCGUUAUUGAGUAAGCGGGCUCUGCUGACCGUGUUCCCUAGGGCGGACUCGGUAUCGCCGGUUGGAUAGUGGCGAUGGUAGGAGUCGGAGCCUGGAUGGUGGCGGUAAUGCUGGAAACUAAACUAUUUUAUUUACCAGGUAAAGCCGACCGAGCUCUUUGCUCUUUAUCAGAGGCGACCUGGGCACACGUGAUUGGGCAUCGUGGCGGGUAACAUCGUCGUUUCUUCGCCUGUUCAAAUUGCUCACCCUGGUCUACAAAUCCCUUCGUGGUCAUGCCCCCCAACAUAUCUUAUCUUUCUACGGGUCGCCUUCUCGCCCUCUUUGUUCUCAAACUUUGCCCUCUCUCUCUCUCUGCGUUCCACGCUUUCGCUGUCUCUUCUCGCCCACCGCACCCUUCACAUUAAGCGGUCACCCGAGCUCACCAAGUUUCCGCUUCUCGCUCGAAACUCACCUCUUGUUCCCCGGCUCCACCCCAUGACCCCUCAUAGCCACCGCCGCCGUUGCUGUUCCCUCUUCAUUAAAUAUGGCCAUCACUCGAUGACCCCCGUUUCAUUCAAUCUAUUCACCAUCAAUUCUAGAUUUAAAGCUUUCGUGACUGCUAGGAUCCGUACUCUUUGGUUCUAUUCACCAUCAUUUACUUUUGAGAAUAAUACCCUUUUGUUCAUUUCGGUAAAAGGUCACGUAAUUUAGAAAUAAAAUGAAAUAGAAGAAA